UCUGAGGAGAGCUGUUAUCAGUCGCCAUGGUAUUCGGGUCUACACAAGCACCACCAAGAUGUCAACGGGACCUGCAGUGGGCAUUCCUCGGCACCACCUACUCGUGCAUGGGCGUCUUCCAACACGGCAAAGUAGAGAUCAUCGCCAACAACCAGGGCAACUGCACCACCUCCAGCUAUGAGGCCUUCACCGACACAGAGCUACUGAUCAGCGAUACCGCCAAGAACCAAGUAGUGAUGAACCCCACCAACACGGUGUUUGAUGCCAAACGUCUAAUUGGACGUAGGUUUGAUGAUGCAGUGGUCCAGUCUGAUAUGAAACACUGGCCCUUCAUGGUGGUGAAUGAUGCAGGCCGUCCCAAGGUCCAAGUAGAAUACAAGGGGGAGACCAAGAGUUUCUAUCCAGAGGAGGUGUCCUCCAUGGUUCUGACAAAGAUAAAGGAAAUUGCUGAAGCCUACCUUGGGAAGACCAUUACCAAUGCUGUUGUCACAGUACCUGCUUAUUUAAACGACUCUCAACGUCAGGCUACCAAGGAUGCUGGAACCAUUGCUGGUCUCAAUGUACUUAGGAUCAUCAACAAGCCAACUGCUGCUGCCAUUGCUUAUGGCUUGGACAAGAAUGUUGGAGCAGAAAAGAACGUGCUGAUCUUUGAUCUGAGAGGUGUCACUUUUGAUGUGUCAAUCCUCACAAUCGAAGAUGGUAUCUUUGAGGUCAAGACAACUGCUGGAGAUACCCACUUGGGAGGAGAAGAUUUUGACAACCGAAUGGUCAACUAUUUCAUUGCCGAGUUCAAGCAAAAGCAUAAGGAGGACAUCAGUGAGAACAAGUGUGCUGUGCUCCAUCUUCACACUGCUUGUGAGCGAGCUAAGCGCACCCUGUCUUCCAGCACCCAGGCCAGUAUUAAGAUUGAUUCACUCUAUGAAGGAAUCGACUUCUAUAUCUCUAUCACCCAUACAUGGUUUGAAGAAUUGAAUGCUGAUCUGUUCCGGGGCACCCUGGAUCCUGUAGAGAAAGCCCUACGGGAUGCCAAGCUGGACAAAUUCUAGAUCCAUGCAUUGUCCUAGUGGGUGGUUCUACUUGUAUUCCCAAGAUUCAGAAACUGCUGCAGGAUUUCUUCAACGGAAAAGAACUAAAUA